AUCUUUAGCGUGCCUAAGUGGUGUUUCAUUUAUGAUAGCUGCCAGCAAGUUCAUGAGUAUCAACGUUCAAUGGACUACGCAGCAAUAUUGGAAGGCUUGCAUUUUAUCCAAAGGCAGUAUCUACUUUGCUGGUGUAUAUGUUUCUCAGGCUUCAUUUGAGGUUUAUGCAUUAAUUCUUGCUUUGUGCAAUGUUGCAGACAUCCCACGAACGCUGGAUCAGCCUCUCACUCAGAUGCUGACUGGACAUGGAGUUCCGCUCAUGACAGUCAUUUUUGGUGCGGCCCCUAACAUAUGAGAGAAACCAAAACUAACAUUUUCGACGCUAUGAAGCGUUCAGAGUUGUUGAUAUAAUUCUCGUCUUCACAGGGACUGAUACCACAUCUGAAUUUGGAAUAACAUUCUCCGCUCCCCUCAUAGCUAUGUUGAACGCCCGACUUUUUCUCAAGCUCUGUCAUUCAUACCAGACGCGCC